CUUCGAUUCAGGGGAGCGCCCGCCCACUUGGCCCUGGGCUUCGUAUCCCCCCCCCUCCGCCUCCAAGGGGCCCGACUGCGGAGCGCCCUCCUGUUGAGUUGGGGCCCGGCAUGGUGCCACCGGGGCCUCCUCCCCGGACUGGGGGGGUGCCUCCGCCCCCCCCUCCGAGGUUGAUGCCGGAUGUGGCGCCUCCAGGAACGGAACCUGAAGCGGAGUUGAGCCCGCCAGGCGUCCCCCCCCCUCCUCCCCCGCGCCCUGCUCCAGCCCACCAAACAAACGACACCCCACCGGGCCCCAGUUCAGUUCCUCCCCGUGCCAUCCCCCCUCCUCCGCCUCGCGUACAACAAGCCUCCGUCCCCCCACCCCCUCCCCCCCGACCAGCUAAUCCACCCCCCCAAAACGAGACAGCAAGCUCCGGUCCCCCGGGCGAGGAUAGAGCAGAAACCAGAGAAGCAGAGGGGGGUCCCUCCCGCACUCAGAUGCGCCCCCCCCCGGGGCCGCCGCCGAUGCGCGCCCCCCCGGGGGGGUUGAUGCGGCCGCCCCCAGGACCCCCCCCUGCGAUGAGGCCCCCGACGGGACCCCCCCCCAUGAUGGCGCCGUAUGGAAUGAGACCGCCGAUGCACUUUCCGCCCGGGAUGAGACCCCCGGUCGGUGUUGCACCCGUGAUGAGGCCCCCGGUUGGCCCUCCCCCGGGCGUGGCGGAGGAGAACCGGCCGUCGUUUGUGAAGGAGGCGUCGGCGGAGCUGACCGUGAAGCCCCGAGUGAAGGCGCCCAAUAACCCGGAGCUGACGUCAAUGGUACCUGCAUCUCUGCGUGUGAAGCGACAAGAGGCCGUCGUGCACAAGCCCAAGCCACGCGUGCCGCUUCCGGGCGGCAUUCCCGUACCAAAGCCCGCCACCAAACCCGCGAGCAUGGACGACUCGUACCAGGCGUUCUUGAAGGAGAUCGAAGGCUUGGGGGCCCUUGAAUAGUCAAACGCUGGACUUGUACACUUCCUGAAAAGGGUUCGAAACAAACGGCGUCGAUCUUUUGUCACGAAACGACAGGCGUCGAUUCUGGAUGAAGCAGGCUCGAAUGGACAGUGUUGUGGACGAUCUACUUAUGUUCGAUGUCUGACCUCGUCCUACGCUACCCAAUGCAGUGACCGUGCGACUGCCCGGCCAGGCUGCACAUGCCCUGCUUGCUGGGCCCCCCGGCCACACUGACACGAGAAGCUACCAUGGCAGAUCAGAUCGACACUUGCUGCACCACCCCAUUGACAAUUCGAUAUGCACAAACCUACAUAGGCCGCGCUGCCCCGGCAAAAAACUUUCAUGAGUUGCACCAUAAAUAACCGGG